AAAAACGGCGUCCAAACAUGGCCACUUACAUCCAACUACUAUCACGUUGCGAUGAAAUUAUUGCGGCUAUAUACACAAGAAGCAAUGAGGCACAAAUUCAAAGAGAAAAAGAAUAUAGAGCUGCAGUCAAAGUACAAAGCUGGUUCCGUGGACUGAGAGUCCGGGCUUAUCUCAGGUAUUUGAAUGACUCAGCAGUACAUAUUCAGAAAAUAUGGAGAGGUUAUGUAGGAAGGAAGAUGUACCGACAACAUUUGGCGCAUUUAGUUGCAAACAUGAAGCAAGAAUACUACAACUCUAUGGCUUUCAAGAUACAGAAAAUCUGGCGUGGUUACUACACACGGAAGUAUAUAUUCAACUUCUAUCAACGAAGAAAAUACCUGGAUAAUCUGCAGAUCAAGAAUGAAGUGAUAAGAAAUUACUUGGAAGAGUACCAUCAACAGAAGCAGGUAGAAGAGACGAUGGCCCGUGAAAGUGAGCUACGUGCCAGUCUCCAAAAAGAAGCAGAGCAGAAUCACCACCUUGUUAGCACGGCUGUAAAACCCGGAAUUUAUGGUCUACCAAGUCAGCCACGACUGAAAGCAAUUGAGGAGAGACUCUUGUCUGCAAAAAGGAGGCUUGCAAAAACACAGAUGGAAGGAAAACAAAGAAGAGCACAGACACAGGAACAAACACCAUAUAGAGACAUAUGUAAGCAGAGACAACCCCUUCCACCUGUUGGACAGAAGAUUCAGGGCCCAUUCAAACCACCGGCACAGGUGUACCAGCAGAGAUACAAGACACUGCAACCCACGUUACGGCUGGCAACGUCGUUCACCUCGGAGGAGGAGACCAGAGCCGCUGACCGCCAGCGUGAUUGGACGCAACGUGUCAACGACAACAUCUUCCUUCCUUUCUCACACACUGACUACAAGUAUGAGCCCUUACUCCACUCCAAGAGCAAAUAUGGGAGUCUGCCUUAUGGUACAAAAUAUUUCAGGGAGUUGGACGAAUCAAAACAGCUCUUCCAAACAGUGGUGCCACCUAUACCCAUCUUUGAGAAGCUUGGCAAAACGUACAGCGACUCAUGUGCUGCAGCUGAAUCGUCAUGAAGAAAUGAACUGUUUUCCAUU